UCGUGCUCCCAUACGACUGUUUAUGGCCUUUUCUCUUAAUAUUUCCAUGGAUCGUUGGACAGGAAUCUUGAAGGUGCCAUUGUACACUAAUAGCACCACUUAUUAUCGAGUUGCUGCUUCUCUUUGCCUCUCUCCUUCUACUAAAUCUCUCUCUGUGCCUGCUGCAAAUGCUAUUUUUUUCAACGGAGAUAAGAUUAAAGGGACAGGAAAUCCAGUGAUUGAGAGGCUAUCUGACCUGCAGAAAAUUGCUGAAAUCUUGGUUUCAAAAUUUGGGAAUUCUAUCAAUGCUCGGGUUGUUGAGGCACCUGUAUUCAAUGGACCUUUUGCGGUUUAUAAGGACUUUAUCCCUUCUGUCAAUGAAUAUGGAGAGCCAAAAUCUUAUGACGCAGAUGGUUUCCCUGCAUCUUCCUCCAUUGUCUUGCUUUUAUGGAAUUGCCUGAAAGAGGUAUUAUUGCUCAAAGUACUUGCCUUGGUCUUUCACUGUUCAAGUACAUUACUACUUGGAUUUAGUAAGGGUGGUGCCGUACUCAACCAGCUGGUUACUGAGCUUGGUUUUGCACCAGUCCAGCUCACUGAAGACGUGUCUCUAGCAAAUAAGAAAGAUCAGAUCAUUCCAAACUCUAAAGACGGCUUCUUAAAUAGCAUAGCUGAGUUCCAUUAUGUAGAUGUUGGUCUAAACACAGAGGGAGCAUAUGUAACCAACCAAGAUGUCAUUACUAAAAUUUCUGAACGCCUCGUCCAAGGAGCCCCUGGAAUUCGUUUUUUCCUUCAUGGAACUCCUAGGCAAUGGUGUGAUCGCGACAGGAUUUGGAUCCGGAAGGAGAAAGACGAGUUUUUUCAGCUGCUCAAAGAAGCAGCUCGGAAGAAUAUGGGGAAAUUGUAUAUACGUGAAAGAUUGUAUUUUGGUAAUAAGCUCCCUGAUCUCCAGAUACACUUUGAAAUCAUCAAGCAUUUGGACGUGAGUUGAGUGUUUCUUCUUGAUGAAAUGCAUGUAUUAAUCUGUUGUCAACCUCCCAGAACUAGUCUAAAGCAUCAAUAUAAUUAUGGCCUUUUUGCUCUUUGAUUGUUA